AUGCCCGCGUAUUACGGUGAUGAUCAUGACCCCCGGCCGCGCGCCACUGCGGCCCCUUCCCCAGACUACUACUACUCAGGCGGGGCCCCGGGGCCCUACGCUUCUGGCGCCAUUCCCGUGCCGCCCAACGCCCGGCUGCCGUACCAGCCGCACUCGUCGCCUCUCUAUCCAUACGCAACCCCUAAUGCUUCCGUCCCGAGCCUCCACCCUGACGCCCGCCAAGCCUCGCCCCGCCGUCGCCGUCCUCGAUCGCUCCCGCCUCCAGCGCGACGCAAGAGCCGCCGCAGUGCCGAGGACCACUCGCCCGCCGGACCCGACGACGGCCCACGCAGCCCCAUCCAAGACGCCCGCCACCUGAUCAACAACACAUUCUCCAACUCAAACUCGGGCCUGGGCAUCGGCGUGCUCGGCGCUCUCGCCGGCGGCCUCAUUGCCCACGAGGCAACUGGCGCCAGCGGCACAAAGUCCAGGGCGCGGAGCCACGGCCGUCGCGGCGCCGACCACAGGUCGCCGCUGCUCCCCACCCUUGUUGGCGCGGCCGUGGCCGGGCUGGCCGCGAACGCCUUCGAGAAGAGGAUGGAGGUCGCCAAGGUCAGAAACGCGGAGAAGCAGGAGGCAUGGGAAAGGAAAUGGGGGCCGUGUUCCAGGGCAGACGUUCGCGACGGCCCCGAAGAAGACAGGGGCCGCCGGAGGGGCCGCCGGAGGUCCAGCGGGAUAUACUAUGAUGACCACGGGCCCGAUGGUGGCGACUUCUACGGCAGAUCCGCACGAUGA